AUGACCGGUAAUUCUACGAUUUACACGCCACGCCAACUUGCAGAUUCAUUUUUAUCGUUUUACCAGUUCUUGACCACACUGCACCUCGAUGCUACCGACCUGAAAAUCCCUCCGAAUGACGGAUGGCCAAGCUUGAGCUUGGAUGCUUGGGCAGGCUGGACGAAGUCCACCGAUGCUUUCGAGCUUCUCCGUUUUCUGCUAUAUUUUCAAUCCAGCACAACAAUUCAUUACAAGUCAAGGUUAAUUGACUAUACCACGAUAAGCCUGGAACGCAUCAAGAAGGAGACGGCACAACGGGAGUGUGAUUUUGAAUUUUGGUCCAACGACGGGAUAGUGAACUCGAAACAUUUCGUCUAUAUUUCUUGGUGUCGCGAAAGCGGCGGUCGAGAACUCUUGGUUAAUGUCAAGGAUGGCGAAAUUUCCGAGGAUAUAAUGGAAACCAAUACCCUUCCCCCACGCGAUGUUAACGAGUACCUCGAAGAGUUGAAGGAGUCGUAUCGGAGCCUUUGGCUUAUUCCUUGCACUGGCCGGGUAACUAUAGAGGCUGAAGAUGUAAAAGAACGAGCUGGCCGUAUCAGCAAGGAUGAUAUCAUUGGCCAACCGGAAUUCUGGGGGACUGACCUUGACAUCCAGUACAUUAGACAGAUUUACCGAGAUUAUGAAUGGCCUGAUUCAUUCCGUCGUGAGAGCGCCGAGAAUGCUGUUGGAGAACUUAUGGAGACAAUUGCAGACAAGCGCUAUUCCGAGUGGGAAGAGGAAAUAGAGGACUCAGCCUCUGAAUCUAGCAAUGCCGAACUUCUAGACUGCUUGUCAGAGGAUAAACCAGAAGGUGAUUAUUCGGAUCACUUAGAUGAAUCAGACGGGUAG